GGGAAUAAUGUGACUAAAGAGGGAGACAAAGAAUGGGAGGGAAGACUUAACACACAGAGACACACACGGCAGUCUCUCCCUCCCUCUCAUGUAAGUCCCAUUAAGGGGAGGGAAUGAGAGCGCGGCAGCGGCGGCAGCAGCAGCAGUAAAGCUCAGUAGCUGGAGGAUCGGUGGCAGCAGCGGCUCUGGGCAGCCUCGACAUGUCCGUCCCACGGCUGCGAGCGGAGUCGUCAGUCCCCAGCCCGGCAGAGCAGGCGGCACCGGGGCUCUGUGUAAGUCUCAGGUCCUGAGCAGGAGGAUCACGCUGCACCUCCAGUUUUAGGACCUGAAUAAAGGUGCAAUUGAAAGAAAGGAAGAUAAAAGAACAAGAACUGGACACAACAAAAGUGCUUACAGUUACUUCAGCUUGAAAGGAUACGUACCAGAAAACUCAGAGCAGACCAAGCCAUGAAACCAAACUUGAAACAAUGGAAACAACUUAUGCUAUGUGGUAUCUGCGCUUGGGGUCUCCUCUUUUUCGUGAUAUUCAUCUAUUUUACAGACAGCAACUCGGUAGAACCGGUGCCAAGUUCCUUUUCUUACAUAGACGCUAAAAAACUUUUACCAAUUCAAGGUAAGCAGAGGGCCAUAAUGGGAGCACGCCAGGAUCAAUCACUAUCAUAUGCUAUUGACGACAGUGACCUCCUUAAUGAAGAUGUUGUAGAUUCUUUUAAAUUAGGCCCGGAUAGUAUUAAAAAUAUGGUUGAUAUGGAGCAUUAUUUUGAGAGUGAAGAUGAGUUUAUCAUUUCAAGGAAACUAGAAACCCCAGUUAGAAGGUAUCAUGGAGAUUCCAGCCAAGAUAAUUUACAUGCCAGUAUUCAUUCAGCUGCUGGGAGGAUGCCAGUAGGCAAUGGUGGAAGAUAUCGCCAAGGUGCCCAUGCACAUCUCAGAAAAAGCAGAAGGAAUGCACGAAAGAAUCAACAUAUGUUUGAUGAGUCAGACGACUGGAAUGGAUUUUCAUCAUCCAUGUCCAAAUCCUUUUUACAGAAACUUUGGAAGGGUAAUGUGUCUUCAAAGAUGCUAACUCCUCACCUGCAGAAAGCUAGGAGGGAAUACCUUAGGGCGAAUAAGCUCGGAGUUACUUUCACAGGCAAGCAUAACUCAAGGAAAUUGACUCCACAAGAACUCCUUUGUGAAUUAAAGAAGAGAGCUCAUGUGAGGACAUUGGAUGGCAAGGAGGCUCCCUUUUCAAAUUUGGGAUGGGAAAAGUAUUUUCCACGAAUACCACUGAGCAAAUUAUACCAACAAGGAUUUUCAUCUUGUGCUGUAGUUUCAUCUGCUGGUGCAAUACUUAACUCCUCCCUCGGAGUAGAAAUUGAUGCACAUGAUGCUGUGCUAAGGUUUAAUUCUGCCCCAACACGUAAUUAUGAAAAAGAUGUUGGAAACAAAACCACCAUGCGGAUUAUAAAUUCUCAGAUUCUUACCAACCCAAUCCAUCACUUCGAGGACAGCUCCCUGUACAAAGAUGUCACUUUAGUUGCUUGGGAUCCUUCGCCAUACUAUGCAGAUCUCCACAUGUGGUACCAUAAACCAGACUACAAUCUGUUCCCCCCAUAUGAGCAACAUCGUAAAAAGAAUCCAGACCAGCCGUUUUAUAUUCUUCACCCAAAGUUUACGUGGGAACUGUGGAAAAUCAUUCAAGAAAACAGCAACGAGAAGAUACAGCCAAAUCCCCCUUCCUCUGGUUUUAUUGGAAUCCUUAUAAUGAUGUCAAUGUGCCAUAAAGUACACGUAUACGAAUAUAUCCCAUCCUUCAGACAAACAGACCUUUGUCAUUAUCACGAGCAAUACUAUGAUGCAGCGUGCACCCUGGGAGCCUAUCAUCCUCUGCUUUACGAGAAAAUGUUUAUUCAAAGGUUAAACCAAGGCUCGGAAGAAAAUCUUCUCCGGAAAGGCAAAGUCACUUUGCCAGGCUUAGGUUCAAUACAGUGUCCCUCACAUGACCAAAUUACUUAAGGGCACAGAGUCACUUUCUUGAAAAUCAUGUGCAAUAAGUUGCUACUGCUCUGUCAACAAAAA